CUGACACCACAGGUACGUACAGACGACGUUUCACAAGUACGUAACCGUAACUUCGUGGAGACCAUAGAUAUCAUGGUGGAGACUAAAAUAACUUUUGAGGUCACGUCCUGGAACGUAAUUUUGUUAGCUGGGUUCUUACCUAUUUUGAAUAUUCAAUCAUUUGGGAACCACCCACGAUGCCUUGUAUAUAAACAGUGUGAGGGAUUUCCCACACAAACUAGAUCCUCGAGAUCAAGAAGCGCAAAACCUAUCGAGAAGACAGCUGCUGAGUGGUAAGAAGAGAACAUCCAUCCUUACCACAACAAAGGGACCAUCCUGUCUGCUGAUAACACCAUGAUCGUUGAAGACGGCGUUUUGGGGGCAAUUAUUCCUCAUUUAAAGCAAGGAUUAUGUCAUUACAGAGAUUUGGCAGAAAUGUUAUUGAACUUUGAUGAAGCUCAAAUCAUAACCCUGAAACAUGCGAUUCAUAAAGGGUUGGAUAUGUUUCGGCUGUGUGAAGCUGUGGCUGAUCAACAACUAGCAGAAAUAGACAAGAAUUUUGAGCAACUCACAAAUACGAUUGGAAUCCUUGAGUCUGAGGAACGUCGUUUAAAACCACAGUUAGACAAUCUGGAGAAUCAAUUGAAAGCAAUCAACGACUCCUUGCAGAAUUACAGUGACGCCUUAAAGAAAGCUGAGUGCGACGUGAGUUCUUCCAAGAAAGCUCUGGAUGAAUGCAGGUCCAGGAAAACACACAGUGAAACCAUAAGGAAUGCUGGAAUUAGGGUUCUGUUUAUUCCUUUUGGCGGCCUCAUCGCAGGGUUAGUGAUGAUUGGUGUCGGACAAGCAGAACUAAACAGAGCUACAUUUGAGGCACAGCAAGCACAAGAGGCAAUGAACAAUUUCCAGAAACAAGUUGAUUCCUUCACCUCAGAGGUAACUGCAAAAAAUCAAGAGAAGAGUGAACUAAAUAAAAGGAUUGAAGAAUGUCAACGUAACAUCUGUAAGACAAAGGAGGGUCUUAAAGAGGUGAAGAGUAAACAGAUACAAAUAUCUGAUUAUCAAGGGAUGUUUAGGAAGACUGUUCACUUUCUAGGUCUUUUAGCUGGAAAAGCUAGUGUUGCAAUGGUUGAGAGCACUCAAGUCAUCGUCCUUCUGGAACCAGUGUGUAAUGUGAUGGCAGAUAUUGUGAGCCUUUUUAUAAAAACUGAAGCAGAAAAUAAUCUGUUUCUGCAGGACAACGAUUUAAAAACGUCCAUCCAGAGCCUGCAUGAUAUCAAUCAGCACGUUUCAGCUAUUACUGGAAAACCAGAAAAUCCUUUCUUUUAACACUAGAACCGCCAGGCCUUUCAGACCCUCAGAAUCCACCAGAGCCAAACACUGUUUGGUGUCAUUAGCAUAUGAAUCAUCCCUAUUUGCAUACACCUUCUCCUCAUGCAGCAUCACCAUCCAGACAGAGCACCAGUUCAUCUACUGGGUCAUUAUCAAACUAU